UUCUCCCUGCCUUCCAGAAGCAGAAGGCGGAAGUGGAAACGGUACAGUGCGGGCUCAGGGUUCCGCCUGUGGAGAGUUUUCAUUAUCCUCCAGCCGACACAGCUGGCUAUCCACCAACACGUACCGCCUCAAUAACCCCAGAGAUUCUGGACAGAGAUGGCUGGACGGUUACCGGCGUGUGUUGUCGACUGCGGCACAGGUUACACCAAACUGGGCUAUGCUGGGAACACAGAGCCACAGUUCAUCGUUCCAUCAUGUAUCGCCAUCAAAGAGUCGGCCAAGGUGGGAGACCAGGCCCAGCGGAGGAUGAUGAAGGGGGUGGAUGACUUGGAUUUCUACAUUGGAGAUGAAGCAGUAGAUAAACCCACAUAUUCCACUAAGUGGCCAAUCCGCCAUGGCAUUGUGGAAGACUGGGAUCUAAUGGAGCGCUUCAUGGAGCAAAUCAUCUUUAAGUACCUCAGGGCGGAGCCGGAGGACCACUACUUCCUCCUGACGGAGCCGCCACUGAACACACCUGAGAACCGAGAGUACACCGCUGAGAUUAUGUUUGAGUCCUUCAAUGUACCAGGGCUGUACAUCGCUGUGCAGGCGGUGCUCGCUCUGGCGGCCUCCUGGACAUCCAGACAGGUGGGAGAGAGGACACUUACCGGCACCGUCAUUGACAGUGGAGACGGCGUUACCCACGUGAUUCCUGUGGCUGAAGGUUAUGUAAUUGGCAGCUGUAUAAAGCACAUUCCCAUCGCAGGACGUGACAUCACUUAUUUCACCCAGCAGCUGCUCAGGGAGAGGGAGGUGGGCAUCCCACCGGAGCAGUCGCUGGAGACGGCCAAGGCGGUGAAGGAACGCUUCAGCUACGUGUGCCCUGAUCUGGUCAAAGAGUUCAACAAGUACGACACAGAUGGCUCCAAGUGGAUCAAACAGUACACAGGCAUCAAUGCCAUCAGCAAAAAGGAGUUCACCAUCGACGUGGGCUACGAGCGCUUCCUGGGACCUGAGAUCUUCUUCCACCCAGAGUUUGCCAACCCUGACUUCACCCAGCCCAUCUCUGAGGUGGUAGACGAGGUCAUCCAGAACUGCCCUAUCGACGUCAGACGUCCUCUCUACAAAAACGUUGUUCUGUCCGGAGGCUCCACCAUGUUCAGGGACUUUGGGCGCCGCCUGCAGAGAGACCUGAAAAGGACCGUGGAUGCCCGGCUUAAGACGAGCGAGGAGCUGAGUGGAGGCAAACUCAAACCCAAACCAAUCGACGUCCAGGUGGUCACUCAUCACAUGCAGAGAUAUGCUGUGUGGUUUGGUGGAUCCAUGUUGGCAUCAACUCCCGAGUUCUACCAGGUUUGCCACACCAAAAAGGACUAUGAGGAGAUCGGACCGAGCAUCUGUCGCCACAACCCGGUGUUCGGGGUGAUGUCUUAACUUCAGGCCUACCAGGUCUCGGUAGACAUCAUGGCAGGGUCGAGGAGGACAAGGACGGAAUAUUCAGUUUGCUUUUUUCUUUUAAAAAUGAGGGAAAACAGUUUGUAAGUCUCAACAAUUUUAAAUUUCUGGAUGUCAUGUGACAUGUGGGUAGUGAUGAUAAUAAUGAUGGCAGCCAUUUUUUUGAUAGAAAAUGUUUCAGGACAUUUUUCUUUCAAUUUCAGCCUUUUCAGUUUCAAGCACACGCGUGUGCAUCAGAGCUUGUUUAUAUUUAAUAAUAAAGGUGUAUUUGGAAAUCCAGCGUCCAGAUUAUUUUAACCUGUAGUUCAGCUUUGAUAUGUAGGAUUUAUUAGCAGAUUUUAUUCCCCACACGUCAGCGCUGUCGGACUUUAAGUUCUUCUUACACGAUUUAGCAUGUCUUCAUCCUCCAGAUGCCGUUAAUAAAAAGAACCCGAGGUUAAAGAAAGGAAGUCAGAGACGGGCAGAACAGUGUUGUUUGAAUAUAAUAGAUUUUUUUUUCCUUUUUUUAUUAUUGAUGCCAAAUUACAAGAAUGAAAUUUGUGUAUUUAAUGCCUUGCAACAUUCCAAUAAAGGCUCCAAUUUGUUUCUACUGUA